GUUUGAUCAUCCUCUUUCAAGUUUCGAGCGCGCAGACAUGGAGUGCAGGCCUCUGGAGGUGACGGUGAUGUCGGCCAAGGACCUCAAGGACGUCAACGUCUUCGGCAAGAUGGACGUCUACGUCGUCGCCUCCCUCUCCGGCGACAAGACCAACAAGAGGAGCCAGCGCACCCGCGUCCACACCGACGGCGGCACCAACCCCCAAUGGGGCCACACCGUCUCCUUCACCGUCGACCUCGCCGCGGCCCGCGCCGGCCGCCUCACCCUCAAGCUCAAGAUCAAGGCCGAGCGCACCCUCGGCGGCGACAAGGACGUCGGCAGGGUCGACGUGCCUGUGAGGGAGCUGCUCGAUCAGGGCGGCGGCGCCGGCGACGGGAAGCCGAAGCCGAUGAGCUACAGCGUGAGGCUGCCGUCCGGGAAGACCAAGGGCGUCCUGGAAUUCUCCUACAAGUUCGGCGAGCAGUUCACCGUGGCCGCCCCCCCUGCUGGGAAGAAGGUGGACGGGCCAGUCAUGGCUUAUCCGGCUCAUGCGGCGCCACCCGCCUCGAGCUCGGCUGCAGCGUACCCACCACCCCAUAUGAUGCAGGGGGCAGCGCCGUAUCCUCCACAGGGGGGAUACCCGCCGCAGGGGCCAGGGGGAUAUCCGCCGCAGGGAUAUGGGUAUCCACCGAACGCCGCGCCAGGAUACGGUUAUCCUCCCCAGGGACACGGUUACCCACCCCAGGGACAUGGUUACCCGCCCCAGGGAUACGGGUACGCAGCCCCACAGCCGGCAUACCAGAAGCCACCGAAGAAAAGCGGGGGCGGCGGCUUCGGGCUGGGGUUGGCAGGCGGGUUGCUCGGCGGGAUGCUGAUCGGGGACAUGAUAUCAGAUGCGGCGGAUUGCGGAUUCGACGACGGUGGUUUCGAUCUGUGAAAAAAACGAGUUUUUUUUCUUGUUUUUCGCUUUCCUUCCUUUGCAUUUUCCGUUAAUAUUUGAUUGUCUGGAGCUACG